AUGCGCAUAUCAAAAUCCAGCUUCAGAGCGAUUCGCAGCGGCCUCAUUGUACAGAGAGCCUUCUACAGCGCAACCGUCAGUUCCGGGCGGAAACCUGUAAUCAAUGUCAGAAACAUUCCCGCGCCGCACUGCGGCAGCAUCAAGAUCCUCUCCCUUAAUCGUCCCGAGGCCCGCAACGCAAUCUCGAUCCAGCUGCUCAACGAGCUGACCCACGAGGUCAAUGCUAUACACAAGGAGGGACCUGAUGGACCAACACGAGCCUUGGUCCUUGCCAGCGAUGUCGAGACUUCUUUCUGCGCGGGCGCAGACCUCAAGGAGCGCGCGACCUUUAGUUCCGAGCAAACAGCGCAAUUCCUCCACGGCCUCCGCGGCACAUUCCGCUCCAUCUCCGCCCUCUCCAUCCCGACCCUAACCGCCAUCUCCUCUCUCGCCUUCGGCGGCGGCCUCGAGCUAGCCCUAACGACGCACCUGCGUAUCUUCGCCUCCUGCGCGACCGUCGCGCUCCCCGAGACCCGUCUCGCCAUCAUCCCCGGUGCAGGCGGGACAUACCGCCUCCCUGCCUUAAUCGGGCUGAACCGCGCGCGGGACCUCAUACUCACCGGGCGGCGGGUGCGCGGGCCCGAGGCGUAUUUCCUUGGGCUAUGCGACAGGCUUGUGGAGGUGUUGCCUGAGGAUGUGGGGAAGGAGGGGAGGGCGAGGGAGAUGGUGCUUGAGGAGGCGGUGAAGGUGGCUAGGGAGAUUUGUGAGGGGGGCCCGGUGGCUAUUAGGGCGGCUAUGAGGGCCAUUGAGGGAUGUGCGGAGGGUGAGGCGGCGGAAAACAAGGCGUAUGAGAUGGUGGUGGGGACGGAGGAUAGGAAUGAGGCGUUACGCGCGUUUAGGGAGAAGAGGAAGCCUACAUUCAAGGGCCGGUAA